CGCGGAUAUCAAAAUUUACGUUACGUUUCAGCGUGUAAAUUCCAUAGGGCUCCGUUGCAUGUAUGUAAUUAGCACACAGAAAAUAAUUGAUUUGUAGCCUUUUCUUCGACAAGGUAAUCAUCUUUUUUACACUGGGCUUGAUCUGAAAGUAUGGCCGUACACAUGAAUUAAUACGUGUGUGGUAAACGUACAGACUAUGAAAAUUAACAAAAUAAAUGUCAUGCCCAUGACAAACUCAUUUGUGAAUAGUUUUUGAUAUUAUUCGCGUUUUUUUUAGUUUUCACAGUUUAUACAUUUACCACACGUCUGUCAGUCAUACUGACAAAAAAUCAAUGCUAAAACCCAAUCUCCCAAUUUUGGGGAAGCCGCCAAAAUUGUACUAUUUGUUUCUUCCGAAACUGCCUUGAAUAUUUAGAUGGCACUGGUGGGUUAUAUUAAUUCUCAAACCCCUGAACAUAUUUUAAACUUUUCUCAAAGCUUUUUUGGGGGAAAUCUUAUCACCUUUCCACAUGUGGAACCACCACCUGUAGACAAAAUACAAUGCAUGGUUUGCCGUAAACCUAUGGACUUCAUAAUGCAGUUAUAUUGCCCGAUUGGCGAUUCAAAAUAUCACAGAGCACUUUAUAUUUUUGUGUGCAUAAAUGGUCCUUGUCAAUCCAGUGGAAACAACUGGAAGGUCUUGCGUUCACAAUACUUUAUAAAAUUCGAUCAAGAUUCUCAAUUGAAACCAUGCACAGAUUGGUGCGCUGAAUAUCAAAAUGAUAGUUCCGAUGGAGAAAGUUGGGGUCAAGAUGCAGAUAAAGGUUCAGAAAUUCAAUGUAAAGCUGAAAAUCUAAAUGAACAAUCAUCUUCUCUUACUGGUCGUUUUCAAUGUUAUUCAAUUGAUAUCUACGAGGAUACUACUAUAACUACCACUAGUAGUAGUCCUACUGUAGAACCUGAAAUAGGCACAACCAACCAUGAUGAUUACAAUAUUGAAGUUAUAUCCAAUUUACCAUCAAUUAAACACUUCCUAUCAAAAUGUUCAGAAAAAGUCCUAAUUGAUAAAGAGUUUAUUGAAGAAGACGAUAAUACUGGCCCUGAAGCUUUUAGCGAUGAAUUAUUAUCUUACAUUUCCAAUAGAGGAGAGUAUGGAUGUGAAGAUAUUCGUUAUUGUUGGUCUGGUCAACCAAUUUUCAAUGGUCUACCUCCAAAUGAUUUAACAAAUUAUUCAAUUUGUCAUCGAUGCGGUUCAGAACGAGUAUUUGAACUACAAAUUUUCUCUACAAUUAAUAAUUCUCUUAAAUUAUCAACUUUAUUCAAUGAAGAUUUUGACGGAGUAAAUAUUAGUUGGUUAUUAAAUAUUGUUACAGUAUUAAUAUUUACUUGUCGAGAUUCAUGUUGGUCACAAACAACAGAUGAUUGGGUAGAAGAAUGUGUUAUAGUUCAAACAGAUAAAAAUGUAACUAAAAUCAUCAGUCCGUCAUAGUAAUAAUGAUUAGUCUGUAAAUAUGUAUUAUAUUGUAUAUAUAUCCAUUGUUUUAAUAUCGCCAAUAAAAUCAUAAUACGUACCA